AUGGUGUUGACUCGUGCAAUGGAAUAUGUAAAGUCGUUGAUUUUCACGAAGAAAGGAUAUUCUCCUACCAUAUUCAUUCUUAUAGUGGCGGAACUUAUUCUUUGUCCUGCUAUAAUUGAAAAAGUGAAAUACACAGAAAUCGAUUGGGUUGCUUAUAUGCAAGAAGUUGAACAUUUCUUGAAUGGAACCCUAGAUUACGAUCAAAUAGAAGGCCAAACUGGUCCAUGCGUACCCUGCUGGUUUCUUGUACAUAUAUUCACUUUUGCACAAAAUAACCGGUGCCGGUUCCAACAUUCGAUUAGGCCAAUACGUUUUUACAUUUUUGUACCUCCUUAUGCUCUGGCGUUCAUGUGCAUUAUCUCGUAUCGAAUUCAUUCCAUAUAUGUCCUGCGGCUUUUCAAUGAUCCUUUUGCGAUACUAGCUGUUUAUGCGUCCAUCAACGCAUUGAUUUAUGGCAAGUUUACUUUAGCAUCCAUCUUCAUGAGCUUGGGUGUAUCCAUCAAGAUGAAUGUGCUCUUGUUCUUUCCGGGAUUGCUACUGGUUCUUUUAUUCCACCGUGGCAUUUUGCAAACCAUUGGACAUUUAUGUGAAUGUGGAAUUCUUAUCCUCGGAGCCCCGUUUUUGUUUCACAAUCCGGAGGCUUAUGUGACACGUGCGUUUAAUUUCGGCCGUCAGUUCAUGUACAAAUGGACAGUGAAUUGGCGUAUUGUUCCCGAGCACGUGUUCCUUGAUCGUCGCUUUCAUCUGGUUCUGCUCGCAUUACAACUGAUUUUCCUGGCUGUGAUGCUGUUUCGAUUCAUACGAUUGGGUUGGUCCAGGCCGCAACCUCACCCUGACCGGGGUAGUAAUAGAGAACGUAAAUAA